ACAACAAUGGAUACUUCAGCAGCAACUCUCAGUCAGCAUGCCAUGGAUGUCCCAAAACAAUGUGACACCUUCCCUGCCAGAAAGUACUUGUCUUCUCGCCGUACUCCUUCAUUUUCAUCCUCUUGUUCAUCACUUUCACCCUCUUCUUCCUCCAUUGAAUCAUUCUAUUUUCAUGAUGAUCCUUUGCUUAGUCCUGCUUCCCCUCUUAGAUUCUCAGGAGUUCCAUUUUCUUGGGAACGUUUACCUGGAAUUCCCAAGAAGCAGAAUUCCAAGAAGAAGCAGGAAUCAUCCAUGAAACUACUUCCAUUACCCCCUCCUACUACCUCACACUCUUCUAAAAAGCUCAGUCAUGAAGAAACCAGGAUUCGGAAGAAGAAUUCAAUGCAAACUAGUUUUCAAAGGGAUCCUUUCUUUGCUGCACUGGUUGAAUGCUCAAAGGAUGAUCAUGAAGAAGAAACAAGUAGUAGCAGUUUCUUUAAUGGAGCUAAGGUUACAAGGAGUAUUAGUGAUCGUUUUGGGUUUAUUAGCCUUUCUGCUGCUUGCAAGAGAACUUGUGCUGUUUCUGAAUCUAUAGUUUACCUUCCAAGCUCAAGAAGAAGCAACUAUGAUCAUGUAAGUCGCAGGUCCCUAUGA